GCUGUCUACAGAAAAACGCAGGAAAAUGAAAGGAUUCUUAAUGAUAGCAAUCGUAAGAUGAACAACCUCGGUCUGUACAGGAAAUCCUGAGACACAGCCACCACGGCACACAGUCUCUGUUUCAUACGGCUGCCGCGUCAUUGUUUUCUCCGUGGUAGGAGGGUGACACACCACAAAAAGACAGGAGUUGCUGAAGAACAUGAAAACAGGCCUUUUCUCUCCAACGACUUCCCUCGAAAUUCUGUAUGGCGAUUCUGUGUCUGGCCUCUACUUCCGGAGGAGGCGGGUGAAAGCGACGUCCAUCAAACAACGCGCAGUGCUAGUCAGACCGCCAGAAUCUUCGGACAGACAUCGUCGACUGUCGUUGCGGCCCUCGAGGCCGUCACACAUUUCGGGAUGCGGUUAUUGUUCGUCAGAGAGAAAGCGAGAAGCGAUUACGGACGGUUUUCACCUCGUCUCUCAAGAAACUGAGGAGACACUGAAAUACUAGUCCAAGGAAAGCCGGCAGCGUGUCCGCAGUCUCGGGCGCGGCUAACUGGACGGCCAGUGUACAUAUACCGGGGACAAGGAUACCAUUCUGUAGUCACGAGACUGUGUUGAGUAAAGUCCUUAAUUUUCUUACCUCCUUGUCCCUUCUUUUGCGACGUCUGCCAGUUUCCUUUUGACCCGUUCUCUUCUUCCCCCAGUCUCCGGCUUCUGUUUCUUCUACGACUGUAGCAGUAAGGUCUUCGUUCUCAGGAGGCAAAACCCGCCCUCGCGUGACAAAGAGCCGUCUCGUUCCUCUUCCCCGGUUGCUUUCCG